AUGGAGGCCCGACUGAGAGCCAGUGAGAGCCAACUGACAGACAGUGAGAGCCGACUGACAGCCAGUGAGAAACAACUGACAGACAGUGAGAGUCGACUGACAGCCAGUGAGAGCCGACUGACAGCCAGUGAGAGCCGACUGACAGCCAACAGGAAGGUGGCUUUCUCAGCCUCACUAGCAGRACCUGGUCAAKAWGGACACAUUGGACCCUUCAYCACUGGAAUCACCCUGGUCUACAGAAAUAUCUACUCAAACAUUGGCAAUGCUUAUAACCCCACUACAGGGAUCUUCACAGCACCAGUGAGAGGACUCUACCUCUUCAGGUUUUACAUCCAUGGACACGGUGAUAAUGCAGUUCCUACAACUGCAGCCUUGCAUAAGAAUGGACAUCAAAUAGCUAUUGCACAUGCUCACCAAGCUACUGGUACUAUUAACUCCUCCAAUGGAGUGUCACUGCUGCUGGAGGUAGGAGAUGUGGUCUACAUGCAUCUCUGGUCUGGGAGAAAGAUAUUUGAUGAUGGAAAUCACCACAGCACCUUCAGUGGGCACCUGCUUUUCACCAUGUAGGAGGAUUAUUGAAGGACUGUAUGAGUUCACUGUAAAGGUAAAUAUUCAGACAUUUUAACAACAUUGUGUUAGCAUUGAAAGACUUUAAACUAAGGUAAUUCUCAAGGAGAAAAGUAGGUGAAAUAUAA